AUGGAUGCCAAGCCCAAGGACGAAAUCGUGAGCGACGAUGACCUCUGUCCAGUAUGCCACUUGUUGCUAUACAACCCAGUAACGACGAGAUGCAACCACACACUUUGCGCGACCUGUAUGGCGCACUGGGCCGACGUAUCCAUGACUUCUCAAAUGACAAUCUUGGCUCCUUCAUCCUCGCCAUCGAUGUUUUCAGGCGCCGACACGGAAGCCAGAUGUCCGAUGUGUCGCACACCAACCAACGCGACGCAGAAUCCAGACUUGGCCGCUCAACUACAACAAAAAUAUCCAAUCGCAUAUCCAGCACGAGCAGCUGAGGAAACUACCGAGGAUGACCCAAACAGUGGCACGAUAGAGACACUUACCCUCUGCAUCGGCAAUUCUCACAAGUUAGUUUCACCAGGCCCGGAUUCGCAUAACAUGCACGAAUGGACAUUUUUCGUGCGACCUUCCCGCCGCGACAUCAUAUCCGGCGUGGAAAUACAACUUCAUCCGACUUUCCGCCCUCCGACCAUCUACUGCAAAUCUGCACCCUACGAGGUCAGACGGAAAGGCUGGGGCUACUUCACCAUCACCGUUAGCGUGGAUUUGAAGAAGGGGUGGUCGUGGGUUUCUGAGGAUGCAGAGGAAGUGCCUUUCAGAGGUGAUGAUGCGAAAGCGAGACUACUUUUGGACUGGACUUUGGACUUCGCUGGGCAUGAGGGCAAGGGAAGCAUGGGACGCUGCAGGUUAAAAGUCAGGAAGGAAGGAGAUGGCGAGAGAAGGGAGAGAGAGGAAGAGGAUAGGGUCAAUGAUGGAAGGUGGGAGGUUGAGAUGGUGAAUGAUGACGAGGGGGAAGAAGAGGAAAACGGCGAUGGGGAAGAGGGGGAAGAGGAAGAAGAAGAAGAAGAAGAAAUGUUCGAGGGGACCUCGGACGUCUCGGACGAAUAA